AGGCAUUUGCAGUUUGUGAAUUAAGCACUGACAGAGGAAAGGGAGGGAGGGGUACGCUAAAUAAACACAACUACUGAUCUCUGUUAAUCUCGUCCAACUAAUGUGGUCUCUAAGGGCACAUGACGGGCCUCGAAUGCAGAUUGUGUGUGUGUGUGUGUGCGAGAUGGUCUGACUGAAUAUGUCUUUGUGUGUGUCUGAAAGACAGAAGUACUCUUGAUUUAGUUCAGAAUCUGCUGAAAUUGGAUUAUUGAAUAUAUAUAGGCCACACAAAAUGUAAUGAAUAUUUUCAUCCAAUGGAAUCUGUUUUCAUAUCACAAGGCUCCCAGUAUGAGGACCGUUCUGAAAUUCUUCUGGACUAUUACUGACCGAGUCGAGAACAGCGGAGACUGACAGCGGUGAAUAUAGGAUGGGUUGUGCUUGUAGUGGCCCGAAACAUCGCAAAGACUCAAAGAGUAAAGGCCAUGGACAUCAUAAUUCAUCAAACUCUAACGCAUCUCAUUUGUCAAGAGAUCACAGGAAGCAAAGCAGCAGUCAAGAUGAAGACAUUGUUAUUGCUCAAUAUGACUUCCAGCCUGCGAGUGAUCAUGAUCUUCAAUUCAAAAAAGGGGACAGACUCAAGGUUAUUAAGGAGACCGGUGAAUGGUGGUUGGCGAAGUCUUUGGACACAGGAUAUGAGGGAUAUAUUCCAAGUUCAUACGUGGCAAGAGCGCAAACGUUGGAGGUGGAGAGAUGGUUUUUCAAGGGCAUGAGUCGCAGAGACACAGAGCGUCUUCUGUUGGCGCCAGGAAACAAACCUGGUUCAUUUCUUGUGAGAGAAAGUGAAACAACCAAAGGUGCUUUCUCUCUGUCUGUAAGAGACUCCACUCCAGAGCAAAGCGAUGUGGUCAAGCACUAUAAGAUCCGAGCCCUCGAUAACGGUGGCUUUUACAUCUCUCCCUCCACGACCUUUUCUUCUCUUCAGGAUCUAGUGAAGUAUUACUCCAGGACGGCGGAUGGUUUGUGCCAGAGGCUGGGAAGUCCCUGUAAAUCCACCACCCCUCAGAGACCCUGGGCUCAAGAUGAGUGGGAGAUUCCCAGAGAGACUCUGAAGAUGGUCAAUAAACUUGGUGCUGGCCAGUUUGGAGAAGUGUGGAUGGGCUAUUAUAAAAACAGCCAGAAAGUGGCCAUCAAGACUUUGAAGGAAGGCACCAUGGAGCCAGAGGCCUUCCUACAGGAGGCCAAUCUGAUGAAGCAGCUCAAGCACGACAGACUGGUGAAACUAUACGCCGUCGUCACCAAAGAGCCCAUCCUGAUCGUCACAGAGUACAUGUCUAAUGGAAGCUUGUUAGACUUUCUGAAGACAGAUGAUGGACAUAAAUUAAAACUUCCCAAGCUGAUUGAUAUGGGUGCUCAAAUUGCGGAGGGCAUGGCUUACAUAGAGAGGAAAAACUACAUUCACAGAGAUCUGCGUGCCGCUAAUAUUCUCGUCUCGGAGACCCUGCACUGUAAAAUAGCAGACUUCGGCCUCGCCAGGAUCAUCGAAUCUGAAUACACCGCACAGGAAGGUGCAAAGUUCCCUAUUAAGUGGACGGCCCCUGAGGCCAUCAACUUUGGUACUUUCACCAUCAAGUCAGACGUCUGGUCCUUUGGAGUUCUUCUGACAGAGAUUGUCACAUAUGGCAGAGUACCGUAUCCAGGCAUGACGAAUCCGGAGGUGAUCCGUAACCUCGACAGGAGCUACAGAAUGCCGUGUCCGGAUGGAUGUCCAGAAGAGCUCUAUGACAUCAUGCUGAAGUGCUGGAAGGAAAGGCCUGAGGACAGGCCCACCUUUGAGCACCUGCAGGACACACUCAAUGACUUUUUCAUUGCUACUGAGGGCCAGUAUGAGAUGCAACCAUAACCUCCAUUCAGAAACUGUGCGAAUGAAUAGAUGAACUAUAAAGGGGAUUUACUAAAAACACAUUGGAAUGAAAGGACUAAACCCCGGACCAUGGAUUAUGGGGAAUAUGCUAAGAGCAGGGGUAGCCAACCCCUUCCUGAAUUCACUUCCAAUCCAGCCUGUUGAGGCCCGUUCACACCAAGAACGAUAACUAUAAAGAUUACAGACCAAUUUGGAGCAGACGUCAGCGGUAAAAACAGCAGUAACAAGUGGAGGAAAAUGGGCAAAAUCCACAGAAUAAGAGAAAAAUGUUUUGUUGUGCCUUUGGAUGUCAGAAUCGGAAUGCAAAAAAUAUAAUCUCCAUUUUUAUAGAAUACCAUCGUUGAAGAUGCCCUUUGAAGCUAAACGCAGAUGUUCAUUAAGUCACAGACUGGACUGAUGAAGCCUAGUCUACUAUUAGUACUAUAAGUCUACAUAAUAGUCACAUAGGGGGACAGUUAAAGAAUGAAAUAAUGUAACAUUUUACAUAGAUAACUUAUUUAUCUGACAAUUCUGACUUUUUUUCUUGCAUUUGCAUUUUUAUAUGCCCCAGUUUGGACUUUAUAACUCGCAUUUGUGAGUUUAUAUCACAAUUUUGAGGGGAAAAAAGUCAGAAUUGCAUGAUAUAAACUCGCAAUUAUGAGGAAAAAGGACAGAAUAACUAUUCCGUUUUUCCUUCUAAAAAUUGUGAGAUAUAAACUCGGAUUUGCUAGGGGGAAGAAUUGUGAGAUAUAAACUCGAAAUUAACUUUUUUUUCCGAAAUUGACUGUCAUUUUUUGCCACCAGAUAGGCUCCGCCCACAAAACACAUCAUUGCUGUUUGCAAACACAAAAUAGGGCUAUAUCUAUAACUAUAUUUGCUCAUGCGCUGCAGUUUCAAAGUGUGUACAACAUGUCAUUUGGGUUCUUGUUGCAUUUACACAGCUUUAUCCAGCAGAUGUCCUCAGCAUGCUAUGUUUCGAGUGAAUAGCUAGUGUAAUCGAUCUAAUCUAACAGUGAAUUUAGCUGAAGAAGUCAAUAUAGUGGAAUAAAAACAACACCUAGUGUUUUUCACAGCAACUUCAAAGGACGUAAGACAAUGUUGUUGAAACUAGCGCUGGAAACCUGAGGUAAUUUUAUGUUUUCCAUAUGUUCAUUUUCUUUAAAAGUAUCCUGUAAAAGGGGGUUUGACUUGUCAAACAGUGUUUUUUUUUUUUUUUUUUGGACCUCGGCAAUGUCGUCUGCAAUUUUAAAUGCACGAGCCCCUACAUUACAAUGGAUUCUGAUUGGCUGUGGCUACAUGCAAUUAAAGGUGCCCUAGAACCAGUUUUAACAAGAUGUAAUGUAAGUCUAAGGUGUCCCCUGAACGUGUCUGUGAAGUUGCAGCUCAAAAUACC